AUGGCCAGCCAUUGGUACGUUUUCCCAGGAGAUGCUGAUGUCGGUCUACGAUUAAUGCAACAACAGGUCCUCAUCCAACACCGCGCCUCCGACGAAAGCCUGCACUUCGUCGAAAACGCCCUCUCUUGCUUCGGCUCGAAAUACGUCUACCUCUCGGGCGAAAUGCACGACCGCAUCACCGCCGACACCCAAGCCGUCACCCACGCCGCCUUCCUAAGCAUGGGCACAGCCUGGCAAGCCAACAACCAGUUCCCCUGGGAGAUGUCGCGGUGGGUCGGCGGAAUCGAGAACGUCAAGAUCAACAUCACGUUGCGCAUCUACUCGAACAAAUGGCACGUCUACGCUGGUCUCGCCAUCCUCAAUCCCGCUGCGAAAGCGCAAAUCCGGCAGUAUGCCGAGUCUGUGACGGAGUUGUACAAGCUGAUGAUUGAGGGACAGCGGGACGAGUUGAAGAGACGGGUGAAAGCGGCUGGGGAAUAUGUGUUCCGGGCUGGAACGGAGGGGCAGGAUUUGUUGUUGAAGGAUGAGGUGCUGGAUCGGUUUUCGUUGUCGAAUCGACACCGUGAGGAGAGUCCGCCGAAUAAUCAUCUGAGUUUGCUCGCGAUUGUGGAUUGUUGGUGGAAGUUGGGGAUUGUGCCGUAUGAUCAUAUGAUUUGUUCGACGCCGUUAUUCCGUCUCUGGCUGGGCGUGACGGAGUAUCUCUUCCGCAAUCCGGAACUGCUUGAUGAAGCGCUGGACACGGCUUGCGAUGAUAGCACGUUCCGGUCGGAUGAUCUGGAAUUCACGUUUGCUGCGCGGGCAUGGUCGGACUGCGUUUCAUUUGGCGAUUUCGAAUCAUACCGAGACCGGUUCGAGCGGAUCCAGUCGUACUUUGCGCCAAGAUUCCCCGAGGCGUCUCGGCUGGGCAAUGAGAUGAUGAAGACGAUAUUGGAGAAGACGAAGUAG